AUGGAAAAUGGACCUGUAAAUGAUGCAGUAGCAGCUUUAAGGAAUGAUCUUUUGAAGCUGCUAUCAUUUCAUAGAGAACGCAAAAGACUGUGGGAAACAAUCAAAUCUACCGCCAUUCUUCCAAAUAAAGCUGAACAUAAGAAAAUUGACGCAAAGUUUCUGGAAAUUGAAUUCUUUAUGAUAGCAUUAACAAAUCGAUUGAAUCUUACUGGAACUAUUGACGUAGUGUUUAAGUUGAUGUUUGAUGACUUUGUAAGUAAAAUAGAGUAUCCAUCAGUAGUAUUUCGCAAAGCACAGUAA